AUGGCGUAUCAUAUUUAUAGUCUCAUUGCGGGUAGAGAAUCUUUGUGGACUAAUUGGGUUCGAAAUUAUCGUCUUUGCGGCCGAAGUAUAUGGGAUGUUCCUAUUCAAGCCAACUCCCCUUGGGGUUGGAAAAAGCUUAUGCAAUGCAGGCAUAGUUUUCGGGAGUUUUUGUGGUGUAAAGUUGGAAACGGUCAGAAUACUUUUCUUUGGUUUGAUAAAUGGAGUGAUGAAUGUCCGCUUGCAAAUACUGUUACCCCUCGUCAAAUGGCCAGAUAUGGGUAUUCUAUUAAAUCUAAGGUUGCGGAAGCAAUUCAAGAUGGUGUUUGGGCAUGGCCAGACGAAUGGAGGACGAGGUACCCAUCAUUGUUUCAGCUUCGGCCCUUGAACCUAUCGGUGGCUCAAGAUAAAGUUUUCUGGAGGAACUCGGAGGGUAAAUUACUCCCGUUUUCGUCUAGGGAAGCUUGGGAAUCUAUCCGUACUAGUAGAGAGCCAGUAGCUUGGGCUAACGUGGUGUGGUCGGCGUUCAAUGUCCCAAAACAUGCAUUCUUAUGUUGGCUUAUUUUCAGGAGGAAACUCUGGACACAGGACCGUAUUUUACAAUGGCAGCAUAGAGUUACGGGUUCUAUGAACCAGAUGUGCUGUUUAUUGUGCCAUGCGGAUAUAGAAACACAUGAUCAUCUGUUUUUUCAAUGUAGUUAUUCCAAAUUAGUUUGGCAAAGUGUGCGGAAUAAAGUCGAUAUGGGCUCGGUUCAAGGAUCGUGGGAAGAGAUCACGGAUGUGCUGGUUCAGAGAGCUAAGUCAAAAGCUGUCUAUGCGGUGGAUAGCAGAUUGCUUGUUGCAGCGUCAGCGUAUACUAUUUGGAAUGAAAGGAAUUCGAGAUUUUUUAGUAACAAGCUAAGGCCGCCGGAAAAGAUAAUUGACACUAUUAUUCACAUAGUGAGAACGAAACUAAUAUCCUUCAAGUACAAGCAAACAUGCAAUGUGAAGAGAUUUUUGGAUGACUGGAAGCUGAACAAGGAAGAUCUUAUUGAAGAUUGA